UGCCAGCGUUGGAAGCGCGCGCUGAUUGUCUGCGCUGCACGUUUUCUGCAUCAUUAAAUAAUUGGUAGAUUGAUUUGCUCGUGUGUUUCGCAUCAUCGUAAGAUUUUCGCACGGAAUUUGUCAUCGGGCUAAGAAGUGCUCGUCAAGGAGUGGUGACGGCUUUCCACAAACAAUUUAAGCUGACCAAAGCACAGGUGUGACUUUAUGUCUGCGUUUUACUCUGAAGUGCUCCUUAUCCCUGGCUGGCAGCGAUGACUGAGAUGAUGACCAGCACUGCCAUGGAAGACAUGCAUCUUGGUGCCAACCAAGACAGGAACUCCUACCAGAUCUUCCCUGACCCCACAGACUUUGAGCGGUGCUGCAAGCUGCAGGAAUGCCUGCCCUCCAUCGUGGUGGAGCCCACAGAGGGUGAGGUGGAGAGCGGGGAACUGCGCUGGCCUCCAGAGGACUUUUUGCUUUGUGAGGAGAGCAAGGAGAAGAGGGAAUGCAAUGGUGGGCAGCUGUGCUCUAACUCUCCGCAGUAGCGGAGCUGUAUGCUCUCCAUCUCUCUCCCUUCUUUCCUCUGUCCUCUCCUCUGGUGCUUGAAUGUGCUGGUUCAUGCAUCACAGCACAUGGAAACUUCCAGUCCUUUUAACCCUGGCUUGGCUUAGGUUCAGACUUUGCCAUGCAGUCAAGUUCAUUGUGUAUAACACCCCCCACCCACCGCGAACAGGCACAUGCACAACUUGCUCUCUGAUUUAAAUGUCAAAUAGAUGUAACAUGUUUGCAUUUGACUUUAGAUGGAAAUCCAUGUGCUAUACAAUAGAACAUCGGUGUUAGGUUCCUUUCAAGAGGCAAAACAUUCAGCCUCUUAAAAGAUGUGACCAGAACAGGUUCUUUCCCUAAGCUGUUUCAGGACUACAGAAAUCCUGUUCACUGUGAGUAGUGAUGUGGCUGAAAUGUCAUUGCAGUUUAGACAUUGUGUGAAUGUUGUCACAUAGAAAUUGGAUGCUGUUUUAAAUUGUCCUCAAUUUAUGUAUUUUUCUUUUCCUCUGAGAUGGUGGGGGGGGUGCAAGAAUAGUUUAAAAUGCCCAGAAAUAGUGAUGUGCAACCAUGCAUUUUCAUGUGCUGAUCUGUAUAUGUGUAUCGUAUGUCACUUAGGAUUUGAAUAACCUCUUUGGAGAAUAUGUAGUUGGCUAAGGAAAGCUUCAGAAUUCACAGUGACUUGGCCAAGGUUAAGAUCCACUAAAAGUGGCCCAAACUAACAUGACCUGAACUGGGCUUCAGUCUUUUGAAUUGUGAUGUAGAAUUAAUAGAUGCUCUGUCUUGUCUGCCUCUUUUCUAGCUAAAUCUUUUCUUUUGGGGCUGUAGCUUUGAUAGUGUUA